AUGAAGGAAAGUGUAUAUCGAAUGAUUGAACGUGGUGAACGGUCUGCUUCUAUUGUUCAGGAGUUAAUUGAAAAUGAAUAUGUAUCUGGUUAUUUGAAGAAGUGGAGCCCCGUUAUUGGAAGAGGAUGGCAAUCUCGUUACUUCUCUCUUUUAGAAAAGGAUAGAACAUUAAUAUAUUGGACUAGAAAACCAACAUAUAGAGAUGAACAACCUAGAGGCUCGAUAAAUUUGAAAGUUGUAGAAAAUGUAUUUGCAGAUGGACCAUUAGGGAUUACUCUAAGUACUCCUCAACGUGAUUAUCAAUUGCGAGCCUCCACUCCAACAGAAAAAGAUAAGUGGAUGGAUGCAAUAAUUUUAUGGACAUUAAAAAGUCGUAAAAUGCGUUCAAGAACUGAGGAUGCAAGAAACUUUCGAUUUAGUAAUUUACUAGUAGAUGCUACCCAAUCUUGCUUUCACUAUAUUGUUGAAAGUUUACUCAAACCUUUUAAAAAGUCAGCAACUAGAGCAAUAGAGGUUGGUCCUGAGACAUUAUCUAACUCUAAUAAGAGAAGAUUUCUGAAAGAUCGUGGUUUAUAUGAUGUUAUUAUGAAGGCUUGGGAAAUUAGCAAGGAAAUUAUAGCACAAAAUGAGAACAAUGUUAAAAUAAUAGGAGAUAAGAUCAUUGAAUCUAAUUCAUUAGAUAUUUAUUAUCAAGGUGGAAAUAGAGUUAAUUAUAAGACAAUAAUAGAAGAAGUAGAUUUAUCUUUAAAUACUUGUGGAAAUGAGAUAUCUUCAAGACAUGUUAGUGAAGUUCCAAUAGCUGAUGAAAGAUGUCCCUUAACAUUAGAAGAGGAGAUAGAAUAUGUUAGAAAUAAUCAGCACAAAUAUAGCAUUCAACUUGCUGAUAUAAUGCUUCAACAGUUAUCUGCUAGUUCUAAGGAUGCAUUCUUAGAUAAUUGUACAUUUGGAUUAAUUUAUAUAAGGCGAGAAAAUAGCAUUUUACCUUUUUUUAAUAAUGGUGUUUUCUGGGGUCUACUUAUUUGUUCUAGACCUCUCUCAGAUGCUCAUCAUCCAUAUCCAUCAUCUACUUUAGGCGAAAGAACAAUAUUAGGAACAAAUUUUGAACAAUACAAAUAUAUUUCAUUUGAAGUCAAUAAUGGGGGAUUGGAUUCACUAUUAAGAAAUCCAUCCCUAUAUCCAAACGAAGGAUUUAAUCAUUUAUUAUCUGAAGAAAAUAAGAAAAGUGCAAAAUCACUCUCAUUUAUGACUGCAUUUCCAUCGAGAUAUACACAUUCAUCAAUAAGUACAACAACUCAAAUAGCAUAUUUAGGACAUAAAACUACUUCUGGAUCAUCAAUUUAUAAAAUUAAUUAUCUAAUUAGGAAGUUUAGUCCUCAUGGGGAACAUCAACAAUUAUCUAGUGAUAAAUCUUCUACAAUUGCUGAUCCCUAUAAUUUUGCUCUUGACACUCUAUAUCUAUAUUAUCCAAGAAGUGAUUCAAAAAGUCCAGUGGAGAUUUUAAACCCGGGGAGUAUUGUAGCAUUGGGACCUAUAUUAGAAACUAUUCAUGGCUUUUGUUUCGAAGUUACUUUUCUAGUGGUCAAACCUAAGAAGAAACAUUUUUUACAAGACUUGAACUUUAUAUCAGAUUAUGUAUCUGAUAUCCCAAUUUAUAUGCAUAAUAAUAAAGAAGAUAUUGAUGAAUAUACUAAUGAAGAUAGUGAUGGAGAUACUGAAUUUGAAGAAAUUCCUAUUCAGCUUUGUACUAGAUCCUGGCGUGAUGCUAGAGCUUGGAGAUACACACUUUUGGUAGCAAGAAGAUCUCAAAUAGUUAACUCAACAAAUAUAUCUUCUAGUCCUUCAAUGAAGAGUCCCAAAACGAAAUCUAGUGUUGAAGUAACAAAUCUUGUUGAAGAAGAUGGAUAUAAAUUAAGUACUAAUUACUUUGGAUCUGAAAGUUAUGCUACAUUAACAACUAAUGCAAGUAAUAGUGCAAGAACAAGUAAUGGACAAUAUCUAACUGUAAAUGAAAAGCUUAACGUAAAAAGUGUAGAUACUAUUAACAAAUGA